AUGCCUCAUCACUUCAUCUUUGGCCACAUGAUUGAAAGCGGCAAAGCCUUCAAAGACGUCCCAAUGGAGAUCAACCGCCUAACACUCACGUCGCUAUUUCUGCGCCAACACUCAGAUAUUAUAAAAGAUGGCAUUAUCGUGAUGGAUGUCUGGCCGAUGAUCGAUCCCAUUCUCUAUGUUAUGGAUCCCGAGAUAGUGUCUCAGUUUUCCAAUCAGCAGGUGUUGGCAAAGACUCUCCCCAAAUCGAAUCAGCUGAAAGAUAUGUUCAGACCCAUGUUCCAGGGCAAGGACUUGUUGACGAUGGAUGGGCCUGAGUGGAAAAGAUGGCGGGCGAUUUACAACCCCGGUUUCUCUGCCAGAAAUGUUGCGACGAUGGCUCCGGAGUUCAUUGAGGAGAUCGAUAUUUUCAAGAGGCAUCUGAGGAAGGUUGCCAAGUCGGGGAAGGUCGUCAAGAUGCAGCAGUUGGCUAUAAAUUUGACGAUUGAUGUCAUUGGUCGUGCUGUCUUGGGCAACAACUUCAAGUGCCAAGCAGAAGGCAACCCUCUGGAAAAAGCAAUCGCCGACCAGGUCAAAUGGCUCAUCCCCAACCGAACCCCCGACGCCCUCGUCAAACUCCUGAAUCCCUUCCGUCUCUACGACCUCUGGCGACUAGAGCGCAUCAUCCGUAACGUCCUCGCCCCAGCCGUAAGAGAGAAUCUCUCCAACGAAACCUCCACCACCCUCCACAAGACCAUCCUCUCCCUCGCCGUCAAAGCCUACCUGGCCGAGAACUCCGACUCCAACCCCAAGUUCGACCUCGAAGCCUUCCUCAACCGCACCAUCCCCCACCUCAAAAUAUUCAUCUUCGCCGGCCACGACACCACCGCCACCAGCCUCUGUUUCGCUUACUACCUCUUGUCCCAGAACCCCCAAUGUCUGGCUAAACUCCGCUCUGAACACGACGCCAUCCUCGGUCCUGACCCCUCUCAAGCAGCAGCUAAAAUCGCCGCCAACCCCCAACUCUUGAACUCCUUGGUUUAUACAACAGCCGUAAUCAAAGAAACCCUCCGCAUCUUCCCUCCCGCCCUGACUGUCCGUCAAGGCCGCCCAGACGUAACCCUCCACAACCACAAAACAGGCAAGACCUACCCCACCGACGGGUUCCUCGUCAUCGGCGCGACAUUUGCCACCCACAAAUUGGAGGAGUAUUUCCCCCGCAACGAAGAAUUCCUCCCAGAGAGGUUCCUCGCAAAAGAAGGGGAGGAGUUAUAUGUAGGCAAGAACGCCUUCCGGCCGUUUGAGCUGGGACCGAGGGCGUGUAUAGGGCAGGAGCUGGCGAUGAUGGAGUUGAGGAUGAUACUGGGGCUGACGGUAAGGGAGUUUGAUUUUGAGGUGGACGAGAGCGUGUUUAUGGAUGGGGGGAAGAGGUUGUGGGGACAGAGGGUUUAUAUGGUUGGGGGGUUGGCGGGACAUCCGAAGGGGGGGAUGCCGAUGAGGGUUAAAGUGAGGGGGAGGUGA